AUGAGCUUCCCACUGCCCACUUUCCUUCUUGCCUUGCGCUUCAACAAGUUUCCCACUACUGUCACCCUCGAUCCAACCGCCACCUCCGGCACCUACAACUUCGCUCUUCUCACCCUCCUCAACACUAACCCAGCGACUGCGACCUGCUACAUCCCCGAAGAAAGCAUCCUUGUUGCUGCGCCAUUCCCAGUCUAG